CCAAUUUCUGUCUUGUUUAUCAGUGUUACUAUGUGUGAGAUUGCCACUGACAUUCACAGCUGGUCUGCUUCAAUUCUGUGACGAGAAACAGUGUGUGUGUGUGUGUGUGUGUGUCUCUCAGCGGCAUAUGGUUCCAUCCGUCCUAUGAAUCUCACCUGAGCACUCAGAAUCAGCACAAAGCUUGUCAACACAUCACACGGGCACUGUCAGGAGAAAUGAGAGAUGCAAGGAUGAACAGUCGAUAUUUUAGUUGCCUACAGAGAGAAUUUUUGAGCUUUAUCACUUGGAUUACGAUUUGGCAAAUCACUCGAGAGUUAAGGUAGCGUUGAAGAAGAAAAGGUGAAGCUUUGAAGGCAGCGCCCCCUGUUGUAUAAACUGCUUCAAUACAUGUGGAAGGAAAGAAAGAAAGAAAGAAAGAAAGAAAGAAAGAAAGAAAGAAGUGACUUUACAUUGACGUCUACCAUGUCCGUAUGAGUAGACCUGGCCUAUUCCGUAGGCUAAGCUACUGAAAUAGGCCUACAUAAUUCUUAUUACACAUUGUAGGCUAAUUUCUCAAUUCAAUAAAUGAUUAUUUUCAUAAAUGAUUCCAAAAUGAAAACCUUACCAAAACAUGACUGGAAAUAUUCGGACGUGUUCAGAAUCAGAUUAUUAUUUUCGGUCUGAAGUUAACACAUUGAACAUUUCAUUGGUCAUAUGGUAGGCUACCAUAAGGUCGCGAAUUGCUAAUGAUGUCUAUGAAUACAAAAAUACUAUUUUUCCAAAAAAAAAAAAAAAAGCUUACUAAAAGUAAGGAUUGUAAUACCUAUAUUGUUUGCAAUUUAAUUGAUCACAUAGCCUAUAGGCCUUAACCUUGCUAACCUGGAGUCGGUAAACAUCUACAAGACUUGUCAUAACAGGCUAAUUUGUAAAGUCAAGCAUCCAAAUGAUGCGGUAACAUGUCAUAAAAUGUUGCUGUUACAAUAAUGUGGAGAUUUCCAAUGACAUAAUUACUAUUUAUGUUCUUCUGAUAGAAUGAAAAGACAUAGAAACAAAAUUACUUCCCCUAUUUUCAUUCAAACUAAGAAAUAAUCCAGCAGUCGGGGUGUUUUUCUCCUUUUAAUCAAACUGACAUUGAUGAACAAAUGUAGUCCACUAAUAUUAUUGUUUAAGUACACUUUCAAAAGGACCUUCAAUACACAGUACUCGAGGAGAAGAAUUAAUGUUUUCACACCUUUUGACGCACAAAAGACUGCUGGUUUCGAUACACGACGACCCAGGGACAUGUAUCCCUUUAUGGAUCACAAGGACACUUCAAAGACCCAAAAGACCUCACAGACCAUCAAAAGACUUCAAGUUUCUAUAAGUGAACUUAGAUGGCCUGGCAGCACUCAUGACAUUCACUUUCCAGAGGACGGUGUAGGAGAAGGAUCUCAGAGACAGUAGGCUCUUCUGCGUGGUGGAUUAUAACCAAGAUUUGACAUGAGGCGGUUUAUCUGCGGGGUCCUGAGCGCAGUUCUCGCGCUGUGGGUCAGUCUGGUGAACUCCACGGCGUCGUUUCCUGGAUUCCACGAGGCGCUCAGGAAUAGGAUGCGAGCACCUGGCAAGAGCAACGGAGGUCAGGCGGGUCAUAGCCGACACACCAACAGAUAUCCGCUCUACAUGAUGCACCUCUACCGGACCUUUCUGACCGGAGACGACAAACAUAUCAGCCAUGAAAAUCCAACUCUUUACGAGUCCGAUUCGGUCUUGAGUCUCGUCGCCAAAAGUUGCCAUCAGGUUGGUGAUAAAUUAGCCGUGACAUUUGACAUGUCCUCCAUAUCGGCAAGCGACGACGUCCAGCGAUCUGAACUUCGCAUUCGCCUUCCAGAAUUCACCUCUGAGAUAGCAGUGGAUAUCUAUCACGCAUCCAAACAAGAGUGUGACCGAAGCCCCUGUGACGAAGUACGGCUUCACCUGGGGAGUGUGAAAGCCAACCCAAGUGACCCAGGCUCCCAUUCCUCCUGGAGGAUCUUUAACAUCACAGCGCUGCUCAAGUACUGGUUGCACCAGGGUGAGAGCGUUUCCUCAGAGGAACCCAUCCAGAUGUCUUCAAGUGCUGAGAAAGAGGGGCACGAGAGCGUCCCGCAUCCUACAGCUAACAGGGUCAUGAUGGUGGUUUACUCCAAGCAGAACCAAGCAAAGACGUCCACCCUCAUCCAGACUGCCGAGCACUCGAAGUAUGUCGCUCUGGACCGGGCCGGUGGUGGAGGUGAACCUGUGCCUCGGCGUCACAGGAGGAACCACAGAACUGACGACAGAGUGCGAGAUGCAGCAGCUAGCAUGAUUCCAGGUGUUUCACAAGAAGGCGGCGAGAAGAAAUCUCUCUGCAGGAAGGUAGAUAUGUGGGUGGACUUCGAUCAGAUAGGCUGGAGCGAUUGGAUUGUUUAUCCGAAGCGCUACAAUGCCUAUCGAUGUGAAGGUAGCUGCCCUACACCUGUAGAUGAGACCUUUACUCCAACCAACCAUGCCUACAUGCAAAGUCUUUUGAAGCUGCACCACCCAGACCGCGUCCCAUGCUUGUCCUGCGUACCCACCCGUCUGGCUCCUCUCUCCAUGCUCUACUAUGAGAACGGCAAGAUGGUCAUGAGACACCAUGAAGGGAUGGUUGUAGGAGAAUGUGGCUGCCACUGAGACUCCAAACCCCAAAUGAACUCAACACUAGCACUUUGGAUAUGGUCCUCAAACCCAGAAAAAUAUAUUUAAGCACGAAUGAAUAUAAAUUGUUUUCAAUUGUACAGUAUUUUCUCUUGGAAUAAUUGAAGUAUCCUGCACUGAGGCACCUGGAUUACUUGAUGCUAUUUUUGAAAGCUUUGCAUGUUGACCUAAUUUGUAAAUAGUAGAGUAUGUAAAUUACCAAAUGUAAUAAAAUGUUUUCAUAAUGGUUAUCAAUGUAUUUUGUGUCUUUUGAGUUUGAAAAUCAUCAGCAGAAAAUGAAUAAGCCAAACACUUGUUAAUUCUCUGAUGUUUAUUGAUUUUUUUUUUUAUGCUUAAAUGUCUCUUCAGGAAUAUCAGGGCAUUUUAGAGAACUUUACAGCAAAAAAGAAAAAAAAAAAAGAAGGCAUUUUACAUUCUGUUGAAUGACACUUUAGGUGAAAAUACUCCUCGGGAUAAACAAAAUUUGGAUUUUACCAUUACAAAAAGUAUCAAUGCCAGAUGGAAAGUGGUCAAACUCAGGUAUCACGAUAUGAUAAAUUUAUAGGAAUUGGCAUCUUGAUUGACUCUUUGAAAACCACCAAGAAGAGAACUGUUGCUCCCCCUACUGACCAUU